UGUUCUGAAUGACAGGCUGCUGCUCGGCGCUGCUAAAGGCCUCGUUAGCACCGCAGACCUGCGGAUUAGAGGUCGACUUUCACCUCUCAGCCGAAUUACAGACCUGCCCUCUCCCACCCCCCUUCACCCCACCCCCUUUCCCCCCCCAGAAAGUGAGCGAUGGCUCAGGAGACGAAUCAGACGCAGGUGCCGAUGCUUUGCACCAUGGGAUGCGGCUUCUACGGAAACCCCCGUACCAACGGCAUGUGCUCGGUCUGCUAUAAGGAGCACCUGCAGAGGCAGCAAGUGGGUGGGCGGAGCAGCCCACCAGGUGAUAAAGCUGCUACCUCUCCAUCAGGGUCUCCAGGAGCCCCUGCUGUAACUGUGGAGACAGACCCUGAGCCCGACCCCGUCUCGGAAGCAGUGGCUCCUUCAGAGGAGACCAGCAGCUCAUCCAGUCCAGUUACUCAGCAGAUGACCGCCAUGAGCAUCUCCCAGGAUAUCAAACCCACCGAUUCAGAUCGAGUCAAAGUCAAAGAGGAAGAAGAGGAGGAGGACACGUCGUCCAAAAGCACAGAUCCCACCCCAGAAGCAGUACAGGCCACCUCAGACGGAGAUCAGACCCCCGACAAGAGCAAGAAGAAGAACCGGUGCUUCACCUGCAGGAAAAAAGUUGGACUCACAGGCUUCGACUGUCGCUGUGGUAACCUGUUCUGCGCGAUCCACCGCUACUCAGACAAACACGACUGUCGGUACGACUACAGAGGCGCGGCGGCUGCUCAGAUCCGUAAAGAGAACCCCAUUGUGGUGGCGGAGAAGAUCCAGAAGUUAUGAGGACGUGUUAAAAACAAAAACAGAAAUGUUUGACCUGCAGGUUUAUUCAGAACGACGGCGGCACCGAUUUCUGAUCCGGCUCCAUUUCUCCGUGGCAGGAAGAAGCGCUGCACACACCUGCUCUAAAACCCCGCCCCUUCCCUGACUCUCUGAGUGAUGCAACAGCGACCGUGUGUGUGGGGUUGGUUGAGAGUCCGGGGAACACUCAUGGGUCUGGUGGGAAUUCUUUGUUUUUUGUUUGUUUUUUGGUGUGUUUUUGUUUUUUUUGGGGGGGACGUUUGUUUCCUUUUCUUGGGUUUUAUUGGUAUGAUCUGUGAGGAAAGGGAGCGGGAUGUUUUUGGGGUCGAGACUUUAGUCCUUUUAUGGAAACCCCCCCCCCCCCCCCCCAUCGAUUAUCAGUUUCCACAGCUUCUCUUUCACUUUCUAUUAAUGAACGAUUGAGUGAAUGAGUGAGUUUCUUUUCUUCUCUUCCUGUUUUAAUGAGCGUGUGAAAGCGUUAUCAGAGGAUCUAUAUUAAUAUAUUGUUAUUUCGGAUUGUGUGAUUUGCGUACUAUUUAUUAUUUUAUUUUCAUUUGCUUGAGUUGUGCUGGAAGCAUGGAGGAGGAGGAGGGAGGGGGGAACAAACCUAGCUUUGUCCUUUCGGUUAUAUGAUGCGGUUGAGCUACAGACAAGAAACUGUCCAUCGAAUCGAAGCACAAUGUGAUCACAAUGAUCCAAACGCAAACACGGGAGGGAAAUCGGAGAGGAAAUCGGAUCUUGGAUGCUUUCGCUCUGGAGCAAAUUUUUUUUCUUUUCACAAAUAUUCCUGACCACCAGCAGACCAGCGAACGCCAGGUACAUCGAAACUCCGUCCGUUAUGCGUUUUCUUCAGCUCUGUGCUUUGAUGAUGUCACACAGGAAAUCGUCGCCACUUCCAGGAAAACAGACGAGACUCGCGUUCCUGUACGGCGACCAGCACUGACGCUGGACCAGGCGAAGCGUUAUAGCGUUCGACAGCGCUAACAUGACGCAACACAUGGCCCAAUAUUGUUCUGAUUUUCUGAAUGUGAUCUCGUAAAACCACAAUUAAAUUUUUUUCUUUUUGUCACGUGUAUAUACCACAUGGCUACUUAUCCAUAGUUAUAAUCCAACAUAGAACAUUACGAGGUUAGUGCGCAGACGAGGGUGAGAUAAUGCUUAAUAAAACCGUGUAUGUUCUCGUAUGUAUGUAUCCAGUGCUAAUCUGCUACUUGUACUGAAGCAGAGAAAUGAAGGAUGUGUGUAUCAGGGUGGGGAGGGCUUUUAUUUUAGUCAAAAGGGCUGCAGGGAGGAGUUGGGGUGGGACUGGGUUACUGGGCUUCUACAGUAUUUGUCUUUUAACGUCAUCGUAUAGUUUUGAGACCCGCUCCUGGUUUUUUUUUUUUUUUUCUUUCUUUACGUCGCUCAUUUCAAACCAAGAUGUUUGCGAAUACACCGGUUUGUAGGCGUGUUUUUUUUUUUUUUUUUUUUUAAAUGGAAACGACUUAAGCGCACGUAUCUGUUUCCUCCUGUUUUGGUACGAUUCAUAAAUAAAUAAAUUCCUCAUCCCAGAUACUCGAGAGCCAUCGGCAAACCUCAAGAUUUCAUCAAGGAUCGAACGAGGGGGCGGGGAAGUAAACAGCAGCAUGUGAUUUAUGAGAGGGGGCGGAGUUGCAUGCGUUAGUGUUGAAGGUUCAAAUAAAAUGGUGUCCAAGUAAGGAUUAUACAGAAUCACUUUGUCUAAUAGAGAACUUAAAUUCAAAAUCAAGUUUUAAAUAUUAAAGUUAAUUAAUUAAACGCUGUCUUAAUUAAGAUUCCGAUUCGUCCGAUUGUUAUCGUUUAACCUUUUAACAGAUAGCCAGCGUUUAAAAAUGUUGUCGGUGUUGAAGUUACGAUUUAAUCUGAAGUAUGACUCAGUCUUUAGACUUGACAUUUAUUUUGAUGAAUUACAGCGAGUUGCAUAAGUAAAUAAGUAUUUACUCUCUUGAAUGUGAACUGGCCUUAAUUGGGAUUAUGUCAUGAUCAAAUAACCCAUAAUAUCAAACUGCAGGGAUUACCUAUAUAGAUUGUAAAAUUAAUUGCAAAUUAACCAUAAAGAAGAAGAAUUGGAGGAUAGGAAAAGCUCUCGGUUCGUUCUGGUUGCCAUCAGAAGUCAUGUGUUUAGUUAAAGAGUUGACUUGUGUGUAAAUAAAGUGGAUAAAAUCUCAGUACAAAUCAGUAGUUGUUCGAGAACAUGCCUAAACACACAGCUUCAUGAAGAUCUAGCCCUGAAGGAGCGAACAAUAGUCGUUGAGAUGGGAGAAGCCGUUCAGUGGGUCAUCACAAAGCUGGACUUUAUGGAAAAGUGGUGAGAAGAAAAACAUCAGAAUGUUGGAGAACAAACAAGGUUCUUGGGCCUGAUGAAACACGAAGUGAAACUUUCAGCCUUGGCACUAAAAGUUGUAACUGUGAAGCACAGUGGUGGUGGCAGUAGCAUCAUGUUGCCAGAUUCUUUCCAUAGUUUGUUUUUUAAAUAAUGACUUUAAUAUGGCUCUGUAGGAUGCUUUUUCUUUCAUCAAACCUUGCUUGAUACUUUUCCAGAACUUCUGUGCUAGAUUCUUUUGAUUGCUCCUCGGUUUUCGUGAUGUCCAGGUUACAUUCUCUACCGAACUCUCGAGAUCCUGAGAUAUCGUACCUGACGCUUUAACUGCAUGCAGGUCGAUUCUGUUCGAUUAAACUUCUGAUGGCACCGGGCUGCACCACAACUCAUUCAGAACUAACUGCCUCUCCAAUUCUCCAUCACCUUUGAAAUAAUUUUGCAAACUAUGUAUAUUUUUCCCUCCAGUUGCAUAUUAGGAACAGUUUUGUGUAGCUUCAUGACUUCUAAUCCUCAUACAUCCCAUUCAGUUUCAGGAUAUAACGAUACAAAAUGUGGAAACAACAGUAGAGGGGGUGAAUACUUGUUUUUCUACCAUGAGCAAGUUCUAGUGCUGGUGGAAUUAGUUGUACUAUUAAUCACCUGAUUUCGAUCAAACACAAGCUUCACAGCUCUGAUAAAUCUGUAAAACUUGUUUUAGAUCAGUUUUGAGCAAAGAGUAACAUUUAGGGAUUAAUUAAUUAGCGUGUUUGCAUAUUACAGCAUAUGAGCCGUAUAUCAGUAGGAUACUUUUUUUUGUGCGUGUAUGUGAGGCUACGAUAUAUUGUACAGCACUUGUAUUUUCACAGGAGAUUGUUUUAAUAAAUCAGAAAAGAAAUGAUUAAACUGAAUGUAGCUGGUCAGUUGUGCACCUCCACUCAUAAACUCAGUGUCGUGUGAUACCUCAAACGUGAGCGAUGAGAGCAGAUUGAGCUUUUUUUUUCCCCCUUUGCAUAUUAAGGAAAAGACCAGCUGCAGUUUUGGCAUUUGUUUAAAUCAUGUACUGUGUUUUUCUUUUUUUUUUCUCCCCAGUCUACUGUGAUUGCAUCAUUCUUCAGACACACCACCCAUUUUUAUUUUAGUUUUCUGAUUUAGGAUUGUGUAAGAUUAAGUAUAAACAAUAAAAUCAAAGUUUAUUUUAAAAUUA